AUGGGAAGCGACGAGGAGCUGGACUUGGCUGCGUCAGCUACAGGCAACGCCGUGCUGGACGCAGCGCGUGGGGUAACAGGCUCAGGAGCUGCUGCUGUAGCAACGACGGAGGAGGGCGCUGCGUGGGUGCGGCUGGAGCUCUGUGCGAUCGCCAGUUUGCAGCUGGCACUGGUGCUUGUGGCCUACCGUUUGGACCGCUCGACGCAUCCCGCGCUGAUUUCCGAGUCCGCUGUGGCCAUUUCCUUUGGCGUGUUGUUUGGCGUCGGAGUGCUGAUCUUUUACCCACGGGAAUCGCUGAACAAUGGCAUGGAUCCGGAAGUGCUCUUUUACGCGUUGCUGCCGCCGAUUAUCUUGGAAGCUGGGUUCAACAUGAAGAAGAGGGGCUUCUUUUCCAAUGUCAAUGCGAUUAUGCUGCUAUCGAUCGUUGGAACGCUUGUUGCGACAUUCAUCACGGGCGGUAUCUUGAUCUGGGUGGGCAAUUUAGGGCUCAUUACCAAGCUGACAGCUGCAGAAGCGUACCUGUACGGUGCACUCAUUUCGGCAGUCGAUCCAGUCGCGACACUCUCAGUGUUCAAGAAGAAUGGCGUACCUCCGCUUCUCUUUAAUCUUGUUUUCGGCGAAAGUAUGCUGAAUGACGGCGUUGCGAUCGUGUCGUUCACACUGUUCCAGGGCCUUAUCCGAGACGACAUUGCUGAUGUCACCUUACAUGACGCAGGAAUCAUUAUCACCAAGGUCUUUGGAAUUGGCUUCGGAUCUGUUGGUCUAGCAGCUGUUGUGUGCUUUACGUCGGCAUUCUUGCUCAAACAAGCCGAUCCGGCUCUGCGGCAGUACCCUUCCUACGAGAUAUCGAUUGUGCUGCUCUCGGCGUACUUGAGCUACGUGAUUGCUGACCUCGUUGGGAUGAGCGGUAUCGUGGCACUGUUCUUCUCGGGCGUGCUAAUGAGUCACUAUCACCUGUACAACAUAGCCGACGAGAGUGCGACGGCUUUGCGGCACUUGCUGACGACUUCGUCAUUCAUGGCGGAGAACUUUGUGUUUAUCUACAUGGGAAUGAGUGUCGUCGCAUACUCAGGGUAUUUCACGUGGGACUGGGGAUUCAUCCUCGCCAACAUGAUCGCUUGUAUCGUGGGACGCAUGCUCAACACGUUCCCGAUGUGUGCACUUGCAAACCUUUGUCGGUCGGAAGACAACAAGAUCCCGUGGAGCCAUAUGGUCGUGGUCUGGUUUGCCGGACUUCGUGGAGCAAUUGCGUUUGCGCUGGCACUGAAUGUGUACACGCCGAAUCGUGUCCACGCGAGCGUGAUUCAAAGCACGACGCUGUUCACGGUCAUGUUCACGACUUUGGUUUUUGGGAUGGGCACAAGUCCUGUGCUGCGUUAUUUCGGCUUGACAGCGACGCAAGAUUGUGACAACGAGGGUGCAAACGAGCGGUUGCUUUCGAGCGACGAUGAGCACGACGCAGGUGCUGCGUUCCACCGCAUUGGUGGGUCACUUUCCCGCCGUAACAUUCGUGGCAUCCACAGCAUCUGGGAGCGUAUCGACGAAAGGUACUUGAAGCCGCUUUUCGGUGGUCAACCACGCGACCAGCAGCUUAAGGGCCGAGGAAACGGUUCCUCCACUGCAAGUACCAGCAGCUCGCCUCGGUCUUUGCGACGUUGCGUUCGGAAACGAAAAGGUCAGCAGGACUUUACGCCGCCUUCAUCACCAAAGUCGCCGUCGUCUCAAAUUCCGUUAACUGCUAUGACUGCGAAUCAAGAUGACACUCGCGACGUUGUCGUAUAA